AUAUUCAACCCGUGCGUUCACGUCUCGUGAGCCGUUUCUAUGGCUUCAGCAGCGUGGAUUGACCGCGGACGGGGAGCUCUCACAGCUGUGAGGACCGCGUCCACGUCCAGAUUCAAAUCCGGUGUGUGCACUUUAAAAACGCAGUACGACGCCCUGGUGAUCGGAGGAGGACACAAUGGACUGGUGGCGGCAGCCUAUCUUCAGAAGGGAGGACUGAAGACAGCAGUAUUGGAGCGUAGACAUGUUCUUGGAGGAGCAGCUGUUUCUGAGGAGAUAUUCCCUGGAUUCCGCUUCUCCAGAUGUUCGUACUUGCUCAGUUUAUUACAACCACACAUAUACAAAGACUUGGAGCUCAAGAAACAUGGGCUGAAGGUGUACAAGAGGAACCCUCAUGCAUUUACCCCUAUGCUUGAGGAUGGCGUGAAAGAUACCCCACCCCGGUCUCUCACACUGGGCUCAGAUGUGGCCAUGAACCAGAUGGAGAUUGGCAAGUUCUCAAAGAAUGAUGCCAAGGUAUAUCCAGACUUCAUUGCACAUCUUGACAAGUUGGCAGGAGCUGUUCAUCCACUCCUGAAUGCUCCUCCUGUUGACAUCCCUGGUAUCACUGCCAGGUCAUUGAAGAAGAGGCUUACUGCAACCAAAACACUCAUGCCUGUUGUCAGAUGUGGUCUUAAAUUGGGCCAAAACAUUCCACAUUUUUACCAGAUUAUCACUGCACCUGCAACAAAGAUCCUUAAUCAGUGGUUUACAUCAGAGCCACUAAAAGCGACUCUUGCUACCGAUGCUGUGAUAGGAGCCAUGACCAGUCCGAAUAAUCCUGGUAGUGGGUACGUGCUGUUGCACCAUGUGAUGGGAGAGCUGGAGCAGGAGAAGGGAGCAUGGGGUUAUGUGGAGGGAGGCAUGGGCAGCCUGUCACAGGCUAUUGCUAGCUCUGCUUGGGCCUACGGUGCUGACAUUUUCACUGAAAAGGAUGUGGAUCAGGUCCUAGUUGGCCCAGAUGGUACAGCCAAGGGAGUGGUGUUGAAAGGUGGUACAGAGAUCCACAGCAAAGUUGUCCUAUCAAAUGCUACCCCAUAUGUCACGUUCAAGAACCUCACACCACAGAGUGCUCUACUUCCAGAAUUCAUCAGAGCUGUUGAUCAGAUUGAUUAUACCUCACCAGUCACCAAGAUCAAUGUGGCGGUGGACAAACUGCCAAACUUCCUAGCUUGUCCCACACCAGAUGGCAAACCCGGACCCCACCAUCAGUGCUCCAUUCACCUCAACUGUGAGAGUUUGGAGGUGCUGGACACAGCAUACAAAGAGGCCGUGAAUGGACGUCCAUCAUCGAGACCCAUGCUGGAGAUGACCAUUCCCUCAGUAUUGGAUCCUACUCUGGCUCCCCCUGGCUGCCAUGUCAUUUCACUGUUCACCCAGUUUACCCCCUACCACAUAGAAGGGAGAGAGUGGACUGACCAGGACAGAGAUGCUUUCGCAGACACCGUGUUUGACUGGGUGGAGCGAUACGCCCCUGGGUUCAGAGGUUCUGUCGUGGGCAGAGACAUCCUGACUCCACCUGACCUGGAAAGGAUUUUUGGGCUCACCGGAGGCAACAUCUUUCAUGGAUCAAUGUCACUGGAUCAGCUUUACCUUGCACGACCUUUGCCUUCUCUCUCAGACUACCGUUCACCAAUUAAAGGGUUGUACCUGUGUGGCAGCGGCAGCCAUCCAGGUGGUGGUGUGAUGGGGUCUCCUGGCUGCAACGCUGCUCUCACCGUCAUGGCUGAUCUGAAAUCUCACUGAGACGUCUCUCAAGAUUAGAAUAGAAUAGAAUAGAAUGCCUUUUAUUGUCAUUAUACGAUGUACAACGAGAUUAAAAGCCAACUCCAAAAUCAGUGCAGGCAAGUGAGAAGAAAAGCAGUGAUAUCAAAUAAUAUGUAUCAAAAAAUAUAUAUACAGUGUAAACAUUAGAAGGUAAGGUGCACGGUCCUGGAUGGUAUGUACAUUGCAGAAUAAGUUUGUUAUUAUAUACAUUAUUAAAAAUUAUAAAUAUUGCACAUUAUGGGAUGGAAUGUUGCACAUUAUCGUCGAUGUAUGCGGGAAUUCAGGAUGGUUACUGCUUUGGGAAAGAAACUGUUUUUGAGUCUGUUUGUUCUGGUCUUAGUACACCUGUAGCGCUUACCUGAGGGCAUCAGGUCAAACAGUUCAAAGCCAGGGUGGGAGGUGUUCUUAGUGAUGUUUAGGGCUCUGCUAAGGCAGCGGGAGCUGUAAAUGUCCAUCAGGGAGGGGAGAGAGCAGCCACUGAUCUUUUGGGCUGUCUUUAUGACUUUCUGUUCAGUAUCAUUCUUUGUACUGUUCCUGUGUAAAGAAUAAAUGAAAAUCUAUGCUAUUUUGCUCAUAAUUAGCUUUGCAUGCUAACAUUGCUAAAAGUUACCAAACUGAAUAAAAAGUUUUGUGUUCAUUAUUUUCAAAAAGUAGCAAACGUUUAGCAGUAUGCACACCAUGCCGGCUUAAAUGAAGUAGGUGCUGCAUGGAAUGAAUGAAGUUGAAUAGUGUGUAUACUUGUUCCAUAAUGUGUUUAAGGGUUUUAUCAUGAUGUCAAAUGAGUGAAAAUGUGUAUGCCUAUGCUUUGAUGGGUGUUCAGUUG